AUGGCCUUCAUCAGGAAGUUGAGAAUCCACUCUCUUAGCAGGCUGAUAAGCAAAAAGGCCCGUCAGAGCUUCGAGCAGCUGUUGAAGUACCUCAGACUGCUAUGGAAUACUAUUAAGACAUAUUUUAGGACCCAGGAGGAAGAGCAGACAGUCUCCACAGCUGACUGCAUUUUUCACAGAGAAAAAAUUAUAGAACUUGGCUACACGCUAAAGAAUACACGUCUAUCCCUUGAAAAAAGAGCUCAGGCUGCCCAGAAAAUUGGACUACUGGCCUUCACAGGAGGCCUGAGUGCUGCACAGUUCGCCAGCGAGUACAUGAAAGAUGUCGCCGCCUUGCUGCAGAGUGAAAAGGUGAUGUCACCAAAGACAAAGAUCCUGAUGCUCCAGGGUGUGGCAUGCUGGUGCUACUUAAACCCUGCCAGCCAGAAGAGAGCCAGACAGCUGCAGUUCAUUCCUAUUUUCAUUACCUUCUUUGAGACUCCCUUCCGUUCCACCAUCAAAAGUGAAGUCAACAGCCAUCGCCUCGUUCAGUUUUGGAUAUGCUAUACCCUCUCCGCCAUGACCUGUAACAACUUAGCCAUUAUGAAGGAGCUGAGAUCCUACGGCUCUCUGAAAUACCACCUGCAGAUAUUGGCUAUGGAGAACUGGUCUGGGUGGUCUGAAAAUUUUGCGGAGGUCUUAUAUUUCCUAAUCGGUUUUCACAGGAAUUAGGUUUUUUGUUUGUUUGUUUG